AUGGUGCGCUUUCCCGCGCUCUUCCGUCUUCCGUCCAAGCUCCGGCGCCGGGCUCGCAGACGCAGGAUGAACACGCUGCUCACGCUCCUGGUCAUUGUCCUGCUCGUCCUGGUCCCAUUCUACGUCAUCUAUAAACCCCCGCGCGCCCUGAUUCGGUACUUUUCGCGACGCUGGCCUGAUGUGCUAUGGGAGGUCGACACCAAGACCAAGGUGGUUGCUCUGACCAUUGACGAUGCACCAUCGGAGCACACAGAACAGAUCUUGGGCGUGCUCAAAGCCUAUGAUGCGACGGCCACAUUCUUCACCAUCGGCGGCCAGGUGUCUGGACGGGAGGAGAUAUUGGCCGAUAUCGUCCGCAGCGGACACGAGCUCGGCAACCACGCAAUGCACGACGAGCCGAGCCGCUCCCUCAGCGACGACGAGUUGACAGCGCAGAUCGAGACGGUGCGGGAUAAGAUCACGGCCGCCUACGCGACCGCCGAAAAAGUACUACCGCCGCAGUACUUUAGACCUGGCUCCGGCUUCUUCAGCGACCGGAUGAGGCGACUGGUCAAUAAGCUGGGCUACAGACUGGUGCUGGGCAGCAUAUACCCGCACGACCCUCAAAUCAAAUACUCGUGGAUCAAUGCUCAGCACAUCAUCAGCAUGCUCCAUCCCGGCGGAAUCAUCAUAUGUCACGACCGACGAUCCUGGACGGUACCAAUGCUGAGGUUGGUGUUGAAAGAAGCAAAAAAUCAGGGAUAUAGAGUGGUCAGCGUUACGGAAUUGCUUAGAAUCACUAGCCGCUGA